AUGGAAUCACAUACACUUGACUUAUACCCAAAUCGAGGACCUGUUCAUAUGGCCUUGUUUCGCAAGGUUACCAAUGCUCCUGAAUUGCGACAGCGUCUUAUUGCACAAGAUCAGUCAUUGUCGUACGCCCUUAUUGACGCAUCGCUCAUCCUCAACCCUUUCCAUGCGCUCCUUGCUGUCAACCGCGCCGUUCACGACGAGCAAAACAACCAACUCAAGAGCCAUAAUAUCAAUUCCGAAAUCGUGAUUGAGCUUUCACCAAACUACAACAUUGCCCAAUCCUUAAGGCGGUUUGGAAUCAGCGAUACUACACAGAACUUGUUGGUGAUCAAGGUUGGCGGUGAAGCUAGCGAGGUGCAACAGGAUAUGAUCAACAAUGUCAAGGGUGAAUUGGUGCCACUAUCUGAAUUGGAUCAGAUGCACGAUAUCAAAUCUAUUCAAAAGUAUUAUCAGCUGGGCAAUCAAGAAGGUGAUCCACAACAAAUGCUUCCAUUGGUCACAGGUGCAAUGGCGCUCAAAGGACUUUAG